AUGUCUUCAGAAAAGCAGCAACGGCUGGUCCUUUCUAUCAUAAACUUUCUCAACCAAUCUAUCGCGGAUGGAACUGUGAAGGCGGAUGACAGGGAAAGCUUGGAGGUCGCAGUGCAAUGCAUAGGUGAAGCUUUUGGUGUAGAUCCCUCUGAUUCGAAACAGGUCGAGAAGCUCAGCGUGAAACCUGCCACCUUACAAAGCAUAUUCGAUGUUUACUUGAAGACUAGAGAUAAAGUGGGAUCUGCUUCUAAUACCUCGACACAGCAGAAAGGUCCCUCUGGUGAAGAUAAAGUAAAAGCCGAGGAACUCAAGCAGAGAGGAAAUGCCUUGAUGUCGAGUAAGAAGUUUGAUGAAGCCAUCGAUUCCUACACUCAAGCAAUCGCCCUCGAUCCCUCGAAUCCCAUCUACUAUUCGAAUCGAGCUGCCGCGUACUCUUCCAAGGGAGAUCAUCUAUCUGCAAUCGGAGAUGCAGAACUGGCUUUGGCUAACGAUCCUAAAUUUGUGAAGGCAUAUCAUCGAUUAGGCCAUGCCCAGUACUGUCUUUCAGACUUCAAAGCUGCAGCUGAUGCUUUCGAACGCGGUCUGAAGUUCGAUCCCAACAAUGCAGGCCUUAAGUCCGGUUUGCAAAACGCAAAAGCUCGAAUCACACAAGAUGACGACGACGACGGUCCGCCACCCUUAAUACCCGACGAUGGCUCUACCCCAGCGGCUACUUCGAGCAGAUCUGGUGGAAAUAGAGGUGCAAGUAGUACACCUGACCUUUCCACCAUGGCUGAUACGCUCAGAGGCAUGGGAGGUGGUGGGGGUGGUAUGCCUGACAUGGCUAGCCUUCUCAAUAAUCCUCAGAUGAUGCAGAUGGCACAACAAAUGAUGGCGAAUGGAGGCCUGGCUGGCUUAAUGCAAAAUCCUGCCGUGGCAGAAAUGAUGAACCGUUUCCAGUCGGGUGACAUGCCUUCCAUGGAGGAACUCAUGGGCAACCCGGCAUUGCGAAACCUCGCGGGCCAGUUCGCAGGUAGACAGUGA